AUGGACUUCUCCCUCGAAAACCACAAAUCCUUCAUCGGCCUUCCGGCAACAGACCUGCCCACCCCGGCAUUGGUGCUCAGCAAACCCAUCCUGGAACGAAAUAUCAAACAGCUUCUCCAGGACGUCAAAGACCUGGGGAUCUCCUUCCGGCCGCACGUUAAGACGCUCAAGUCCAUCGAAGUAACCCGUAUGAUGCUCGACAACGGCACACACCGGAGAAUCGUCGCCUCAACCCUCUGCGAGAUCAGAGGUGCCCUCCCCCUCGCAGAAGAGGGCAUCCUCGACGAAGCUCUCUACGGCCUCCCCAUCUACCCCAGCGCGCUCCCCCAGCUCGCAGCCCUCUCAUCAAAGCUUAAAAUCGUCCUGAUGGUCGACAAUGAAGCCCAGAUCGACGCCCUUGAAUCAUUCGCCCAGUCUACGGGGCGUACAGCCCCCUGGCCUGUCUUCAUUAAGGUCGAUGUAGGCUCGCACCGCGCCGGGCUGGAGAGUUCCUCGUCUGCAAUGCGGUUGCUCGUGGGGAAGGUGGAGAGCUCGCAUGCGGCGGAGGUAUACGGGUUCUACUGCCAUGCGGGGCAUUCGUAUGCGUGCCGGACGGAGGAGGCAGCGGCGGCGGUGCUGAAGAGUGAAGUGGAGGGUGCGGUUCGUGCGGCGGGGUAUUUAGAUAGGAAGGAGGGGAGGAAAGUGGUGGUGUCGUUUGGGUCGACGCCAACGGCGCAUGUGGUGAAUUCGCUUCGGAGGGCGUUGCCAGAGGGAAUGGAGGUGGAGUUACAUGCCGGAAACUUCCCCGCCAACGACCUGCAGCAAGUCUGUACCGGCCUCGUGGCCGAAGAGCAGCAGGCGGUCCGUGUCCUGGCGGAGGUGUGCAGCGUGUAUCCUGAGCGUAACGAGGCGCUUAUCAACGCGGGGACGGUUGCGUUGACCAAGGAGACGAGCGACGUGGUGGGUUUUGGGCGGGUGGCUGACCGGCCUGGGUGGGCGGUUGUGAGGAUGGCGCAGGAGCAUGGGAUUUUGGGGCUGACGGAUGCGUCCGGGGUUCAGAGGGUCGAGGAGAUGUUUCGUGUGGGCCAGAAGGUGAUGCUGUAUAUCCAGCAUGCUUGUAUUACUGCUGCGCAGCAUCAUGUGUAUUAUGUUGUUGACGAAAGGGAUGUGGUUAGGGAGACCUGGGUGCCGUGGAAAGGGUGGUAG